AUGACCAGGACGACAAAGAGGGAUGCGAGAAAGGACACGAGAAACGCGGUGCUGUUUCCCGUCGAUGAGGACGAGGCCGUGGAGACCGGCGCGUCGUUUCUGCCCCCGCGACUCGCGCAUCUGAGGGGACCGAUCGUCGCCGCGACCCCUCGUCCAGAUCUGAACGGAAGGGGCGACGACGCCACGAUGCCGGUCAACGUUUUCGCCCCGGGCACCCCCGGGUCCUCCGUCGCGGUUCCCCCAGGCGUGACUCCGACGGUACACGCUGGCCACGGGCGCGUGCUGAUGGGUCCGUGGAACGGCGAGUUCCACCGCGCGGGUUCCGGUCCUUCGUCCCCUUCCGCGGGUCGCCCCGCAGCCUCGGAUCGUCUCGAUCUUGUCGCCGACGAUUCUCUGCGCGAGAACCUCUCCGACCUGCCGUUCGCCGGGCCCGAGGACAUGGACAUGGACGAGGAGUCCGUGCUGCGGGAGCAGUGGAUGGAGGACGCGAUGACGGGCCGCGGCGUCGCUCCGUCGGAUGACGCCGCCGGGCAAAGGUUCUCGAGCGACGGACGGGACGACGACGACGCGAUUAGCGAGGCGGGAACGGGGCUGGAGGCGAGGCUGGAGUCGGGGCGCGGUCGCGGGCGGGCGGGGCGCGGGCGGGCGGCGAGCGCGCCCGCCGCCGUCGCGCGACGCGUGGGCGCCGCGCGCAUCGCCGCGCGACGCCGCUUGCCGCAGGCGAUCCAGAGGAGAGCGAAGGAGUCUCUGGCGAUCGCGCGCAAGGAAUCCAGUCGACGCGCGGGCGACGGACCGGGUUUCUUCCACCUGAACGGCGCGAUGAGGCGAAACAACGGGCCGAGGAACACCGCGGGCGUGCGGUGCAUGCAGCCGCGUUCCGGGGCGUUCGGCUGA